AUGGCGACGAAUUUUGAUCAAGUCAUUCUGUCUGACUCGAAUCGGACGCCAAUUGUCCAGAUCCUUAUUUGGUUUUGCCUUGUGACAAGCUUCUUAGCUUUCAUAACUCAUGCUGGCAUCAAGCUCUACGUUUUCCGGGCUCUGAGGGCAGAGUCGGGUUUCCUACUUGCGUCUCUGGUGUUCUGUAUUACGCAGUCAGUCGCUGCAUUGAUCCAAUGCCGAUAUGGAUUUGGAAAGCCAGUUGCAGCUCUGAGUAGCGAGGACGUUCAGUCAAGCCUCAAGGCUGAAUAUGCGGCGACCGUCCUGCUGUUCAUGUCACUCGGGUUCUCAAAGCUAGCUAUUGUGGCAUUCGUGCACAGCUUGACUCCAUCAAAAUUGCAUCGCAAGAUUAACUACGCAGUUGGAGCGCUUGCAUGCCUGUGGAUUACGUGCGCCGUUCUCAUUGCAGUCUUCCAAUGCCGAGUACCUCGCACAUGGGACAGGACUCUGACUCACUGCACAGACCGAUUCAUCUGGUGGAAUACCAUAUCAAUAUUGAACAUCGUAACAGAGGUCGCGAUCAUUGCUUUGGAACUAGGCAUAACCGCGCAUCUUCAAGUGGCUCGACAAAAAAAAGCUUCCAUCAUGAGCCUAUUCGCUUGCCGGAUCUUGGUUCCGGUAGCAGCUGCAAUUCAAUUAGCAUAUUUUCACCAGGAACAUUCCAACUCGGCAACGAGCGAGGACUUGAUGCUCGGCUACUGGCGAUCAGCCCUCUGCAACCAAGUGAUGCAGUGUCUUGCCAUAACCACGACUUGUUUACCGUACACGAAGAUCUUCAUGGAGGGCUUCGAGUCUGGGCUGUUCAGGGUUGAUGAAACCCGCCGCAGAGGAGAAUAUGCUUCAAAAGGUCACAGCGGACGAGAGUAUCAGCUCAUGGAUGUCUCGCGCUCGUCGCAAGCACAGCAAUCCACGCCAGACAGGUCUAUCAACGUGUCAAAAAGCUGGGCUAUCUCGGUGGAACCUGCUGACCGCUUGAGAAACAAGUAA